AUGUGGCAAGAAAGAGAGGGAGAUGAAGGGGGGGUGACGAAUAACCUGCUGAAGGAGCAAGAGAAGGGGGAGCUUUUUGACGGAGCACUGAGUGGCAAGGGAAGGCCGCCUACGGCAGGAAGCGGCGCGAGGGUGAGAGGCAGGAGGAGUAUUGGGUCGCUGGCAGAGCUGCGAAAGCUGGAAAGGACAGAGCAUGGGGAACAGAUGACGCAGCAUGGGGAACCGAUGACGGAGCAGGGGCGGCAGCAGCGCAAGGAGCAGGCGAGGAGGGGUAGCAACAGCGGGCCUUUGCGCGUGUCUCCCUCCGUCCGCAGGCGCAACAGGAGCAUGGGGAACGAGGAUGCGCCAUUUGAGUCGACCCUACAGGGGCAACAGCCACCUCGCACAGAGUCUCCCUCCGCCCAAGGCAACUGGAGCACGGGGGAUGACGCUGCGCCGUUUGAGUCGACCCAGCAGGCGAAGCAGUCACCUCGCAACGCGUCUCCCUCCACUCAAGCAAGCCGCAGGUGCAACAGGAGCAUGGGGGGUGACGCUGCGCCUUUUGACGCCGCGCCUGUGAGUCUACGUCUACCCAAGAGUCGCCUAGGGAGCGCAACUGCAGCAUCGCAUGGCUGUGAACGGGCACACGACGAGGAGGGCAACAAGGCAGACUCUGGACAAAUGACGAGCCCAAGAGGGGCUGCAGCACUGUCACAGUGGCAUCUCAAUCUCCUCGCUACAAAGCCGUUCUGUCCUCUGCUUCGCCUCUGGACCAGCCGCAGUGUUUCUCCCCCGAAGCAACCCCGUCCGGCCGCCUCACAUCCUCGCUCAAGGCACUCGUUGGCAGGCUGA